AUGGGGAAGAACUACCCAACCGUGAGCGAUGAGUACAACAGGGCUGUCGAUGAAGUGAGGAGGAAGCUCAAAGACCUUAUCGCUGAGAAGGGAAGUGCUCCUUUGAUGCUUCGCCUCGCAUGGCACUCUGCUGCUACUUUUGAUGUGAAGACCAAGAGUGGAGGUCCAUUUGGUACCAUGAGGAUUAAAGCAGAGCAAACCCAUGCUGCCAACAAUGGACUUGAUGUUGCUAUUGAUCUAUUGGAGCCUCUUAAACAACAAUUCCCUAUCAUCUCCUUUGCUGACUUCUAUCAGUUGGCUGGUAUUGCUGCUGUUGAAACUAGUGGAGGACCAAAUAUUGUGUUCCACCCAGGCAGGCAGGACAAAGACGAACCCCCGGUGGAAGGGCGUCUCCCUAAUCCCAAUGAGGGAACUGACCAUUUAAGGGAUGUAUUUGUGAAAACCAUGGGUCUGACUGAUGAGGAUAUUGUUGCUCUAUCUGGUGGUCAUACUCUGGGAUCUUGCCACAGGGACCGGUCUGGGUUUGAAGGACCAUGGACGUCCAACCCCCUUAUCUUCGAUAAUAGCUACUUUAUAGAACUCGUAGCUGGUGAGAAAGCAGGGCUUAUCCAGCUGCCUACCGAUAAAGCCCUCCUCGGAGAUCCGGUUUUCCGACCUCUUGUUGACAAAUUUGCUGCUGAUAAAGAUGCCUUCUUUAAUGCUUAUGCAGAGUCGCACAUGAAGUUCUCUGAGUUGGGAUUUGCUGAGGCUUAAAAGAGAGUGGUAACCUCCUGCUGCAACUGCUGCUGCACCAU